GGGCGGUGGGGUGGGCGUGGCACCUCCAGAGAGCUUUUUGCGGCCUAGUCGGCUGGUGAUCGAGCCUGGAACGGGAUGGGCGGCGGAGGCAGCGCCCCGAGGAGGGUCACCUUCGAGGCGGACGAGAAUGAGAACAUCACGGUGGUCAAGGGCGUCCGGCUGUCUGAAAAUGUUAUAGAGCGCAUGAAGGAGCCUUCCUCUCCUGGUGGAAGAUCCCAGCAGAAAGCAGGGUCCAGUGGCCGUGGUUCGGUUGGAGGUACAUCAGUGAAUGAAGAAGAUCUAAAGAAAAGAAUAGCUGAAGAGUUGGCAUUAGAACAAGCCAGGAGAGAUGCUGAAGCUCAUAAAAGAUUGAAACAAGAUCAAAUGCAUGUGCGAGAUGAAAUUGGGAAAGUUCUCGAGCGUGAGAGGACUGCCUCAAAUGAGCAAUUGGCCAGAGCCAUUCUGAGAGAGAGAGCUGCAACUGAAGAAGAACGUGUGAAGGCACAGCUCCUGGAGUUGGAAAUUAAGGCCAAGCAGCUGGAAGAGAAAGACAGAGAGUUGAAGAAGCAUGAUGCUUACUACAAAGAGCAGCUGGCUCGACUGGAAGAGAGGAGUGCACAGUUCUACAAAGUCACCACUGAGCAGUACCAAAAAGCUGUUGAUGAGGUAGAAGCCAAAUUCAAGCGAUAUAAGUCAACCCCAGUGUGUGCGGACCUGCAGAGCAAAAUCUUCCAGUGCUAUCAGGAGAAUUCCCAGCAGACGCUCAGCUGCUCAGCCCUGGCCAGCGAAUACUUCAAGUGUGUCAACCAUGCCAAGCAGAGCAUGGCUGGCCGUGGAGGAUAAAGGCCCCUUUACAUCAAGCGUCAAUCCAUCAACUCCAAUUCCAGCAGCAGAACAGGGUGUUUCAUUCAAGAGCAACCUGGCAGCCCAUUUACAGGGCAGACGGAAAGAGCAAGCAAAUCCAGAAGGGCCAAAUUGAGAUUGUAGACAUUUCGACUCAAUCAGCGUGGCCAAGACCCGUAUCUUAUUACAGUAGAAAUUGCACAUCCAAAGGCAGCCAGUAAAAUUCACUUCCCAAUGAUUGAAAGAAGGCAAAGCCCAGAACUUCCACUGACCUCAAGUGAGGAGAAAAUACUUGCCUCUGAUUCUGAUGAUUUCUGCACUGCCAGUCACUUCUGUGGGUUCGUCUUGGCCGCCCGCUGUGUUCUUCCAAAUACUGUGUUUUCCUCUGCAUAAUCAUGAGUGUAGUUGGUUUAAUUUAUUGCCAGAAUUAUGUUGUGGAAGGGUCAUCUGUCUUCUCCCCACCCCCAACUUCUGCUGGAAUCAUGUUUCGCAAGCCUCUGCUGCAUGGGAGUUCCUUGAUUGCAAAUCAUAAUUGAAAUAGGGCAUUUGAUUACAUUGUAAUGAGAACCUGGGAUAGUGCUGAACUGUCCUCAAGCACUGACAAUGAUGUGCUCUCGGUAAGAGUAAUAAAAUACAUUUUAUGAAAAA